AUGAUUCCCAUCAGGCAUGACUAUUCCUAUACACUAAGAACACACGAUCAUGACCUCAUGGGACCAACGGCACCGCAUAGCAACAAUAUCGACGACGACCUCUUUGACGACCGCACAAAAAGUCCUUCAUUGACGAAUUCUUUGCAUUUCAGAACGACGGGGCAGAAACAAUUUUUGGAGCAGGCGAGACGAACGCUGCUGCUACUCUUCGCUAUUGGGCUUCCGUUUCGCGACUUUUUCAUUCAGCAUCACCCCAUCGCGACCAGGGGAAAAGGAGAUGAGCGACAAAAAUUUGCGUUUUGGAAGCGAGGGACCGUCCCGUGCGCAUGA